UAGUCAGUGUUUAAACAGGUAGCAAUACGAAGGCACAGCACACAGCAAGACAGUGGUGUGUGUGUGUGUGUGCGUGUGUGUGUGUGUGUGUGUGUGUGCAUGGUGUGUUAUCCAGCAGAGCAGGAGCUCAGCCCCCCAUGCGUGUGCGUGUGUGUGUGUGUGGGUGAGUGGGAAUGAAAGCAGGUGUGUUUAUGUGGAGGCGCUGAGGAGGACACUAGCAGAGAAGCUAAGGGGACUGGACUGACACCUCCUCCUCUGGAGCCUUUACAACGGAAGCAGCCGGAGUAUUCGCUUUUCUCUUUCGCUUUUUGUUCUUCUUCUUCCUGAUGGGAGUGCUGGGAGACUGCAGCUGGUUUGAAACUCUUUGUAAGCCUGGACUGCUAUUUGGGCUGAUGGGUCUGUUCGUCUUUCCAUUGAUGAACUGUCACCUACAUUGGCAGUAGAGAUCCACCAAACAGCUCAGCCAGCAGAAAACAGCACGCGGGUCAAACGGGGUUCAUGAAACUCUUUCCCUCCAGAACCCUGAAAUUCUUUCACGUGCUGCUUUGUCUCUACUGUCAGCUUGGGGAGAAGUGUGUGUGUGUGUGUGGGUGUGUGUGAGGAUAUGAGAGGGGGAGUGUCUUGUCAGAGCCCACCACCAUGCUACUCCUGAGAUGCAGGGAGGGGAGUGUGGUUGGAAGUACACAAGGUGUCUCUCUCUCCUUUCAUCAUGCUUGUUUGUGGUCGCUGUGGCUUAUUCCUGCCCCCUCAGGAAAAGCAGGCGUGUCCUGCUUCAUUAACUCCACCUCCCCAUAUACUGUCCCGCCCCUCUCUCUAUCACAUCUUCCUCGUUUGCCUGCUACUGCUGCCACAUGGCUGUCAGUCACGCCGGGACCGUGGCGGUGUGGGCAUGGCUCACUACAUCCCAGGGGUGGGGCCUGAACUGGGGGCAGUCCCAAAGCUGCUGCAGGGGCUGAGCAUUGCGGUGGUAUUGGUGGGGAACUCGAGUGAGGUGGCGUUGGCCGGGGCCCGUGACAAAGAUGACUUCACACAUAUGCCCCUGGCCCCAAACGUGGAGCUGCUCACCAUGAACGAGACUGACCCCAAGAGCAUCAUUAAGAGUGUGUGCGACCUAAUGACGGACCGCUGGCUGCAGGGCGUGGUGUUUGGAGAUGACACGGACCAGGAGGCCAUCGCUCAGAUCCUGGACUUCAUCUCAGCACAGACACACAUCCCCAUCCUGGGUGUGAAGGGAGGAUCCUCUAUGAUCAUGGCUGCUAAGGAUGAUAAUUCCAUGUUUUUUCAGUUUGGUCCUUCGAUCGAGCAACAGGCUACAGUGAUGUUGAACAUUAUGGAGGAAUAUGACUGGUAUAUCUUCUCCAUUGUCACCACCUACUAUCCUGGCUACCAGGACUUCAUCACCAAGAUCCGCAGUACGAUUGAGAACAGCUUUGUGGGCUGGGAGCUAGAGGAGGUGCUGCUGUUGGACAUGUCUGUGGAUGACGGGGACUCCAAGAUCCAGAACCAGCUCAAGAAGCUGCAAAGCCCAGUUAUCCUGCUCUACUCCACCAAAGAGGAGGCCAACAUCAUCUUUGAGGUGGCUCAUUCAGUUGGCCUCACCGGCUAUGGAUAUACCUGGAUCGUACCAUCUCUGGUAGCAGGGGAUGCAGAUUACAUACCUCCAGAGUUUCCCACAGGUAUGAUUAGUGUGUCAUAUGAUGAGUGGGAUUAUGGGCUGGAGGCUCGGGUGCGUGAUGGCGUGGCUGUGAUCGCCAUGGCAACGUCCACGAUGAUGAUGGAUCGAGGACCUCACACCUUGCUGAAGUCUGAGUGUCAUGGUGCUCCGGAAAAGAAAACCCCAAUAACAGGCAACCCUAAUGAAGUGCUGCGGUAUCUAAUGAAUGUGACUUUUGAGGGCCGUAACCUGUCAUUCAGUGAGGAUGGAUACCAGAUGCACCCCAAACUCGUCAUUAUUCUGUUGGACAAAGAAAGACAGUGGGACAGAGUAGGGAAGUGGGAGAACGGUUCUCUGUCGAUGAAGUACCAUGUGUGGCCACGCUUUGAGCUGUACUCUGGAGCAGAGAGUCGCCAGGACGACCACCUGUCCAUCGUCACUCUGGAGGAAGCACCGUUUGUCAUUGUGGAGGACGUGGACCCACUGAGUGGCACAUGCAUGAGAAACACGGUCCCCUGCAGGAAACAGCUCAUAUCACGCAAUCAGACAGGAGAUUCUGCAGUCUACAUAAAGAGGUGUUGUAAAGGGUUCUGCAUUGAUAUCCUGAAGAAGAUUGCCAAGUCAGUGAAGUUCACCUACGACCUUUACCUGGUCACCAAUGGCAAACAUGGCAAGAAGAUCAAUGGCACUUGGAAUGGCAUGGUGGGAGAGGUGGUGAUAAAGAAUGCUCAUAUGGCAGUUGGGUCUCUCACCAUAAAUGAGGAAAGGUCAGAGGUCAUUGACUUUUCUGUGCCCUUCAUUGAGACAGGCAUCAGUGUCAUGGUCUCCCGUAGCAACGGCACUGUGUCCCCCUCUGCUUUUCUGGAACCCUUCAGUGCUGAUGUGUGGGUGAUGAUGUUCGUAAUGUUGCUGCUGGUUUCUGCCAUCGCCGUGUUUGUGUUUGAAUAUUUCAGCCCCGUUGGCUACAACCGCUGUCUUGCUGACGGAAGGGAGGCCGGUGGGCCAUCUUUCACCAUAGGGAAGGCGAUCUGGCUUCUCUGGGGCUUGGUGUUCAAUAACUCAGUCCCAGUGCAGAACCCCCGGGGCACCACCAGUAAGAUAAUGGUGUCAGUCUGGGCCUUCUUUGCUGUCAUCUUCCUGGCCAGCUACACUGCCAACCUGGCUGCCUUUAUGAUCCAGGAGGAGUAUGUGGACCAGGUCUCUGGCCUCAGCGACAAAAAGUUCCAGAGACCUAAUGACUUUUCUCCUCCGUUCCGGUUUGGGACUGUCCCUAAUGGCAGUACAGAGCGUAAUAUCCGCAAUAACUACAGAGAGAUGCAUUCCUACAUGAUCAAAUUCCACCAGCGCAACGUGGAUGAGGCCCUGCAUAGCCUGAAGGCCGGGAAGCUGGAUGCGUUUAUCUAUGACGCUGCUGUUCUAAACUACAUGGCUGGGAGGGACGAAGGCUGCAAGCUGGUGACGAUUGGCUCAGGGAAGGUGUUUGCCUCCACAGGCUAUGGCAUCGCUAUCCAGAAAGACUCUGGCUGGAAAAGACAUGUUGAUCUAGCCAUCCUUCAGCUGUUUGGAGAUGGUGAGAUGGAGGAGUUGGAGGCGCUGUGGCUGACAGGAAUCUGUCACCAUGAGAAGAACGAGGUGAUGAGUAGCCAGCUGGAUGUGGACAACAUGGCGGGUGUGUUCUACAUGCUGGGGGCAGCCAUGGCUCUGUCGCUCAUCACCUUCAUCGCAGAACAUCUCUUCUACUGGCAGCUACGCUUCUGCUUUAUAGGGGUCUGCUCUGGAAAACCUGGACUCACCUUUACCAUCAGCCGGGAGGUGUACAGCUGUAUCCACGGUGUUGAGAUCGAGGAGAAGGGUUCUGCUCUGAACUCUCCAUCCGCCAGCAUGAACAACACACACUCCAACAUCCUGCGUCUCUUACGCACCGCCAAGAACAUGGCCUCGCUCUCUGGAGUCAACGGUUCCCCCCACAGCGCUCUGGACUUCAUCCGCCGGGAGUCGUCCGUGUACGACAUCAGCGAGCACCGUCGCAGUCUUGCACACUCCGACUGUAAGCCGGUGUAUUCACCCGACGACAACAUGUUCAGCGACUACAUCAGUGAGGUGGAGCGCACCUUUGGAAACCUGCACGUGAAGGAUAGUAACCUGUACCAGGAGCACUACCUGCACCAUCACAGCGGCUCAGUGCUGGGGCUGGCCGCUCCACCCGCUCCACCCGCUCCACGCGCUCCCAGCCUGGGCUCCAGCAGCUCGCUGGACGGGGGCGUGUUCGACGGCGAGAGCCUGGGUGGGGGCGGAGCUCCCAUCUUCACCACCCAGCCCUGUGCUGCCCUCACCCACAGGAACAUGAGCAAGUUUGACCUGCUGCAGAGCCAGACUCCGCCCUCCGGACCAGGCUUCCCGCACGGAUUGGCUGAACUGUAUGGGAAGUUCUCUUUCAAGGGCGGGCCCUCAGGUUCAGGCUACAUGGCAGGCCAUGAUCGCUACUGCAGCGGCGGUGAUGACAUGUCUGACAUUUCCACACACACCAUCACCUACGGCAACCUGGAGGGCAGCAGUAAGAAACGGAAGCAGUACCGGGACAGCCUGAAGAAGCGUCCCGCCUCUGCAAAGUCCCGCCGCGAGUUUGUCCGGGAGCUCGAUCACAGUGCGCUGGGUUACCGCCGGCGACCGCACCACGCCCAACACCAUUACCGUGGACACCGCUCGGCAUCUCCGCCCCUUUUGCCGAAGGAUUCUAAGCGAGGGGGAGGGGGCUCCACCUCCUUCCUGUACCAGGACAAGGAGAGCCUGCGAGACUUCUACCUGGACCAGUUCCGGCCCAAAGAGGGUGUGCCUCAGUGGGAGCAUGUGGAUCUGACAGACGGCCCAGGAGGGGGCGGGACCGGUGGCGGAGCCAACUGCUCCAGCCUGGUGCCUAUGGAAGACUUCCUGAAGACCAAGCCCCUGAAGCUGGAGGGCAGGGCAGGCAGUGCAGACUGGGAGUGCCGGAACUGCCGAGCCAGCAGCGCAGGCAGCAAACGGCUGCCUCUGCACCCAGGGGGCAGCGGUUAUGCUGGCGGGGGCGGGGCUGGCACUUGUGGGGCGUCCGGCGGAGGCCACGGGGGCAUGGGCCGUCCCAGCUCAGCCACAUGCAUGCGCUGCGAUGGCUGUAAAAAAUCUGGCAACCUAUAUGACAUCAGUGAGGACAGCAGCCAUAUACUGGGCCACCUGGGGGGGCGGGGCCAGACACCCUCUCAGCGGCGCCGGGCCUUCAGCGGGAAACCUCUGCGCAGACAGCACUCUUACGACACCUUCAUGGACCUGCAGAGGGAAGGGGCGGGGCUGGGGGUGGGGCCAGGGAUAGGCGGGGGAGGGGAUGGGAUGGGUGGAGCUCUGCCUCCUCCUCGCAGUGUGAGCCUGAAGGAGAAGGAGCGCUACCUGGAGGGCACCAGCCCCUUCGCUCUCAUGUUUGACCACCAGGGUGCUUCAGAGCGGGAACGUGACCCACUGUUUUACACCCCUGACCAGGCCAAAAGUGCCGCCUCCCCCUUCGGCCUGUUCCGCGGUGCUGAUGUCGGUCCCCACCGGCACUCGGUGGAAGAGAGAAACGUGCGGGGGAGGGGCCUGGCUGAGAGCCCUGCCUACUCCCUUUCCAGAUCCCUCUACCCCGACCGCACUGACCACAACCCCUUCAUCCCCACCUUCGGGGAUGACCAGUGCCUGCUGCAUGGAGCCAAGAGCUUCUAUAUGAAACAUCCGCAGCAAGGGGCAGAGCCCCGAAGCCCCGCCCACAUCUCCUCGUUCCUGCCCUCGUCCCAUUUCCCCAGCCAGCACUCAGCUCUCAGCAGCAAGCUGGGCCCGCCCAGGGCCUUCAGCGGCACCAAUGGCCACGUGUAUGAGAAACUCUCCAGCAUCGAGUCAGACGUGUGAGGGCAAGGGGCGUGACAGAAGAGGGAGGGGUGGAGCUUAACUGCAGAAGGAAUUUGGUGAUGAUGAGUGUGGGAUUCCAUUAUGAGGAAGACCCAGCUGACUGCUUUUACUGGAAGCUGCCCGUCUGGGCCUAGGGAAGGACUUGAGUGGGUAUGUUUGCCCUCCUGGUCAGAGGGAGGGACUUGAGUGGGUGUGUUUGCCCUCCUGGUCAGAGGGAGGGACUUGAGUGGGUGUGUUUGCCCUCCUGGUCAGAGGGAGGGACUUGAGUGGGUAUGUUUGACCCACCGGUCAUAAGGGGGGACUUGAGUGGGUGUGUUUGCCCUCCUGGUCAGAGGGAGGGACUUGAGUGGGUGUGUUUGCCCUCCUGGUCAGAGGGAGGGACUUGAGUGGGUGUGUUUGCCCUCCUGGUCAGAGGGAGGGACUUGAGUGGGUGUGUUUGCCCCCCCCCCCCGGGCUACUUCCUGUUUGCGCCACAGCCUGAUAAUCAGAACUGGCGAGAUGGAGGGAUUAGACAAAUGACCAUCUGGGCAAGUGUCAGAGAAAGAGAGGGGGAGAGAGAGAGAGAGUGGCUCUUGUUAACCUCCCCAGUAGAUUCCUCAGUUUCUCUCUGUCCCUCUAUGUCUCUGUCCCUCCAUGUCUCCCACUCAUAUCCGUUCCUGUGAUUCACAGAGGAGAAACUCUUACUGACUCUAACAGGGUAAUAAACACACACUACCAGUAACACUGAGACAUGGUACUGACACUGAUAACAGAAGUGAGAUGUGUGGAGCUGCUGUCCGAUUUGAUGCUGUCCGAUUUGAUGGAUUAGAUGCCAUGUUGUCUGGGGGUAUCUGGGACCUUGUCUUAUCUGGGGGCGUGGCUCUGCCCUGCCAACUCAACUUGUUUUCUCUUUCAGUUCUUCACUGUUUUAAUCUUCACCAUCACGAGACACAGAGACAUUUCUGUCAUUUCUUAAAACUCACGAAAGAAUGGAAUAUGAGAUGGUAUCAUGAGUUAUACACCUGAUACACACACAUACAUAUAUACACACACACACACACACACACACACAUACACAUAAUCACACUCACUCACACAU